GUGAUUUUCGUCAACCUUACGAGUACUUGCAAUUGAUACUUUUCUGGCCGGAAGUCCUUGUUAACGAUUCUUCAGAUGAAAAUAUGUUUAGUCCUAUACAGAUAAAACAUGAAUCCACGGGUGUAGAGGAUAUAAAUGCGAGUAACAGAGUUAACACUUCAGACAAUUCUGCAUAUCCUAUUUUUAUCAAUCAAGAUGCAGAGUACAAGCACCGUCAGUUAUCUCAAUUUUGGGAGCAAACGCAGUUACCGAAUGAGAUGCCUGCAAAAAAUGAAGUUCAUGACCAGCAGGCUAUGUUUCAGGUAGAAGAAAGUGGAAACUUACAUACAUAUGCUAAGGACUAUGUACAAAAUGGUAUAUUCUUCCAAGAAAAUGGUAACAAUCAAAUGCAGAUGAACAAUCAAUGCCAACAGAGCGCAAACAGUGUCAUCAUGGUACAAGAGAACAGACAGCCACAACUGCAGCAAGAUUUGCAGGAUGUCCGAAGCAUUAAUCAGAUAUCGACAGCACAGUCAACAGCUGUAAAAAGUAACCGUCUUGGAAGACCGUCCAAGAGCUCCAUGGAAUCUGGUCCAGGGAAGAAAUUGAAAUGCCAAUGUGAGAUUUGCUUCAAGGAGUUUGGACACAAGAGUAAUUUGUUCAUACAUAUGAGAACUCACAACGGUGAGAGGCCGUACAAAUGUAGUCAAUGUGACAAGUGUUUCACACACAGUGGCAACUUGGCUAUUCACAUGAGAACACAUUCCGGUGAACGUCCAUAUGGUUGUCAGAUAUGUGGGAAAAUGUUCAGUCACAGUGGUAACCUCUCGACUCACUUAAGAACUCAUUCGGGCGUGAAGCCUUACAAAUGUAGCGUGUGUGGCAAAGAGUUUAGGCACAGUGGUAACUUGUCGAUACACGAGAGGAUACAUUCCGGUAUUAAGCCGUUCCAAUGUAAAGUAUGCGGCAAGGAGUUCUAUCACAGUGGAAAUUUGACGACCCACAUGAAGAAACAUACCACAAAUGCGAAUACGAACACGACCGACUGUGAAAACGAGCGAAAGCGUACACUGCAUACCAAUACGCAUGUUAAUGAUACCGCUUCUACAAAUUAUUUAAGUAAUGUGCCGUUAACGCUUAACGACAACAUUAAGUCUAUGCAUAAUACUAAUAAUGUGGUUCCUAUAAAAAAUGAAAGUACAGAAGAUCCUGUGUUGAGUACUAUGGGAUUAUUAACAUCCACUUCCAGUUGAAGCAGAUAAGGUCAUUAUUAUUAUGUAUUAAGAGAUUAUUAAGAUAAUACUGAGUCUCCACAACAUUUCUUCGCUCAGUAUUUUAUCCACUAACGAGCAAUUUUUAUUACUGGCAGGUAGAAAAUUAUUUUCAUUUGGCAAUGUUUAUAUUCCAUUUGGCAAUGUUUGGCAUGUUUCAGCUACUUGAUCUUCCUGAGUCUCAAAUAUGUAAUUUUAUUGUAUAGCAAAGUAAGAGAUUGGUUUUAUUAAGUUCUACACACAUUCAUCUAUUAACUGGACGGAGCAUAGUUUUUUAUCUGUGAUUUGUUCAAUCUGUGUUCAUUCUUUGAGUUAUUGAAAUAGGAUCUGAGGCAAUGGUAGGAAUAUUUCAGGAAUCGUUCAGCUUUUACAUGUAAGAAAAAUUAACAUCUUUAUAUUCAUCGCGUUUAAUUAUUCUUGUUCGUACAAAAAUUUUGUAAUUAAUAAUAUCAACUUAAAUUCUUGUCUUGAGUUAAAUCAAACAAUUAUUAUAAUAUCUUAAUCAUAUAAAGCACAAAUGAUAAAAAUGAGUAACAUCCGUUUGAAUUUUAAAAUUCUAUAUGUGCAAUUUUAUAUAUAUAUAGUAAAUUAAUGACAAUGGUAAAAUUGCUCGUUAAAACUUUUGUUAUCGCUAUUUUUUAUAUUUAUUUGCAAUUGUUAUAGAAUUCAUUUCAUUAAACUAUUUACUCUCGAUUUUUUUAUAUUGUUCAUAUAGCAGAUAUCGAUUGAUAUAGUUUGCAAGUGAGAUAAAAGUUAAAAACUAUGUAACUUUUGUAUGCUUAUAUUGGUCGAAUGUAAAAUUCUAUCCUAUAUUUAACGUUU